GACAGAUAGGCGUCUUCUGGUUCCUCCCCUACACCUUUACUUUUUCCGGGUACCCAUGAGUCAGUGGGAGGAGGGUGUCUUUCACCCUGGUGGAUAGUUCUGUGACCUGGGUCUGCCUACUGAAGGAAUUCUGCUGGAAAAUGGAACACUGUAGGUUUCUGGCUGGCCUGAUACUGGCUGUCCUUCUCUCCCAAGGGAGCCCCUCCAAGAUAACCGUAGAAGAGCUUGAGGACAUGGUGUUCCUGAGGUGUGACACCAACAUCGAGUGGUGGGAGGGAACACAGCCAUUACCACAUGGUAAAAUGUGGAACUUGGGAAAACGCAACCUGGACCCACGAGGAAUGUAUAUGUGCAACGGGACAGAUGAACAAGAACACAAACGACCUUUUACGCAAGUAUAUUUUCGAAUGUGUCAGAACUGUGUGGAGCUGGACUCAGCUACCCUGGCUGGCAUUAUCAUCGCUGACCUAAUCGCCACUCUGCUCCUUGCUUUGGGGGUCUAUUGCUUUUCUGGACAUGAGACUGGAAGGUUCUCUAAGGCUGCUGACACUCAAGUUCUGUUGGAAAAUGACCAGCUCUAUCAGCCCCUUCGGGAUCGGAAUGAUGCUCAGUAUAGUCAUCUUGGUGAAAACUGGCCUCGGAAGAAGUGAACCUGACACCAGUGGCUUAUGGGAGUAUCGACUGUACCUUCUUCCCUUGAUCAGCCAAUAAAGAUGUCUUCUCUCACUCAG